AUUCCACGCACUACAACGACGAAGACAGCUGGAAGCCUACUCUGCUGCCAUCACAACUGGCUUGCGCAUGCGACAACUACUCUGCGCUCUGCUGCGACACCCGUGAGCAGUCGACCUGGACUGUCUCCCCCCUCUCUUUGCCGCCCGCCGUGUGCUGUCGCUUGCCGUAUAGCCCACCCGGACGCAACCAAGCCACCGACUCCAGCAGUCCACACUGCUGCCCCCACAUCGACUUUUAUCGCAAUCAUAAAUUAGUUCUGCCCUUUGUGGCAUUACUCGAUCAUCUCGGCCAUCAACAUGGAAGCCUCGAUGCCUUCGCUGGCCGUUGCGACCGAGCCUUCGAACGUCUCCUCCGACGCCGCCCUACCUGAAGCUUCCAACUUGUCCAAGCACUCCGAACCAGCCCACGCCUUAACUCCUCCCACCUCCGAAGACAACAACACCAGAAUCGACGAUGACGCUUCCUCUGACUUGUCCGAGCUGGACCUUGACAUGGACGAUGAGGAAGAAGUCGUGCCAGACCAUUACUGGGACGACGGCAAGAUCCCCGUCUUCAAACCUACAAUGGCACAGUUUCGCGACUUCAAGAAAUACAUGGACCAAAUCGACAAGUACGGCAUGAAAUCUGGUAUCGUCAAGGUCAUUCCCCCUCAAGAAUGGAGAGACGACCAACCUGCACUGGACGAACUCGUCAAGACCAUCAAGAUCAAGAACCCAAUCUCGCAAGAAUUCAUGGGCACCCACGGCAUCUACACACAAGCCAACAUCGAGAAGCAACGCUCCUACAACUUGCCCGAGUGGAAGGCACUCACCGAAGAAACUCAAUACCAGCCUCCAGCCAGAAGAGGAGAACGUCGCAGAAACCAAGGACAAGUGGCUAGGGGUGCCACGGCUAGGACCCGUAACUCCACCCGGACAUCGACUCCAAAAGAUGCCGGUACAAAGAGAAAGCCCGGCAGGCCUCGCAAGAAUCCCUUGCCUCAAAAAGAUGACGAAGAUGAGGAUUAUCCCUCCAGAGCCAGCCAAGUGCCUCCAACCCCCACAUCUCCCGUGCUCAAGUCCACCGAGCCUUCUGAACACACAACUCCAAGCAAACCAAAACCGAAACCCAGAGGUCGCCAGCCAAAAGCAGGCCAGCAGAAGUCGGUCUCGUCGCGCAGAAUGAACAACACUACCGAGACCAACGACAUCUAUGACGAGGCCGCUUUCAAGGAUUUCGACUACCAUAUGGAUGACUUGGACGAGUUCACCCCGGAAAGAUGCGCCGAACUUGAGACCGCUUACUGGAAGAGUUUGACCUUUGCUCAGCCCAUGUAUGCUGCUGAUAUGCCUGGUUCGCUGUUCAAGGACGAGUGCGACAUCUGGAAUGUUGCCAAACUGCCCAAUCUGCUUGAUGUACUGGGAACCAAAGUCCCCGGUGUCAACACUGCUUAUCUGUACAUGGGAAUGUGGAAAGCUACUUUUGCAUGGCAUUUGGAGGAUGUUGAUCUUUACAGUAUCAACUACAUCCAUUUUGGCGCACCCAAGCAAUGGUACAGCAUCUCGCAAGAGGACGCCAGGAAGUUCGAAAAGGCAAUGAAGAGUAUCUGGCCAAAUGACUCCAAGGCUUGCGAUCAAUUCUUGCGUCACAAGACUUAUCUCAUCUCUCCGGAAAUCUUGCAGAAGCAGUUCGGCAUCAAGGUGAACAAGCUCGUCCAUUACGAGAGCGAGUUCGUCAUCACAUAUCCCUAUGGAUACCAUUCCGGAUACAACAUUGGCUAUAACUGUGCCGAGUCUGUCAACUUCGCAACCGAGGCCUGGCUUGAUUAUGGUCGCAUCGCAAAGAAGUGCGAGUGCGAGUCCGAUAGUGUCUGGGUUGAAGUUGCCGAGAUCGAGCGUAAGCUCAGAGGCGAACCUACUCCCGAAUACUACGAGGAGACCGACGAGGAUGACGAGGACGAAAUGGAUCUCGAUAUCACGACUGAUCUUCCCAGUCCCCCCGCGAGUGUCGCAGGCAAGCCUCAGUCACAACCUCGUAAGCGUAAGCGCGAUCCCAAAGACAAGGAUGCAGACAAGAAGAAGAAACGCAUCAGAAUUCUUAUCAAGGGCCCUCACAGAGAGCCUUGUGUCCUCUGUCCGAACGACCCUCUGAGCGAGCCUCUUUUGCCUACAGACAAUGGCCAAAAGGCGCACCGCUGCUGUGCACUGUACACUCCCGAAACCUGGAUUAACAGCGAGGAUGGUGUUGAGAAGAUCUUUGGCGUUGCAGGUAUUAAUAAGGCACGUCUCGAUCUCAAAUGCAACUUCUGUCGCUCCAAGCGCGGUGCUUGCUUCCAGUGCCAGGCUAAGAAAUGCACCCGAGCCUACCACGCAACUUGCGCGCUCGCUGCUGGUGUACAAAUUGACAAUGGCCCGGUGCCAACCUUUGGCGAGGAUGGAACCGAAUACUUCGAAGAGGGCUUCGACUUGAGAUGCCGUUUCCAUCGACCCAAGCGUGCAAAGAGGGCAGACAUCGAUGCUCUCGACGCUCUCGAGACUAACAAACUCAUCAACAACUUUGCCAAAUGUCUCAAGAAAGACGACGCUAUUCAAGCUCAAUACCCAUGGGGUGACAUCUUUGCUGGCAUGGUCGAGGAAAAUCGUCCAGGCGAGGCUACAGUUCUUAUCAAUAUGCUGCCUUCUGGCGACCAAGUUGAGGUCGAAUGGAAGUGGAUUGUCGUACUGGAUCCUAUCGAUUCUCAGCGUCUGAAGCCGUCACCUAAUGCCAUUCCCAUGCCUGAGGGUAUGAGCAAGCAGUCUGUGUCGAUCAAGAACCGUCAAGAUGGCAUCCCUAUCUUGGAAAGCACCUUCCACGAAGAUGCCGCUUACAAAUGGGCCGAAUUCCGUAACCUGCAAAGUCCUCCUCAAGGUUAUAGUACUUCUGUUAUCAAGAACCCUGAUCAAGUCAGAAUCAACCUCAACAAGCCUGAUCAGCUUUACUACUACUUGCCGAAGAAGUCGACAGAAGCCAAAGGCAGAUUUACUGACGAUCCUAAAGGCCAGAACCAUGUUUUCAUGGGCGAUUUCAUGGAGCGAGUCAAGCCUGCAAGACCUUUCAAACCAGUCACUGCAUCCUACACUGGCGGCGGCUACACCGGCGGUUAUACCAUGCCGCAAAUUCAGCGACCUGCGCCUGUGCAGGUACAAAACAGUGAGCGGCCCUACAUGUACAAGCCUAAGACACCUGCUCACCCUGCAGUGGGCUACAAUGUGGACCACCGAGCGCUGGCCUCGCAACAACAAUUCACCCAGCAAUCUAAUCCCCGAAGAGCAUCUCACUCGACCAACCUCUACUCUCAACCAGUCCCUCCAUUCCUUCAGCAGCACAGCGAACCUGCACGCACGACCCAGGCUCCUCUUCGUCCUUUCUCAGAAGGAUACUACUCGUCGAGAACAUUGCCUGCUGCACAUCCUGGAGAAUACUCGCAGUACUGUCAGCAAGUCCGCCGUACAUCAGGAGGUCCUGUCACAUUGCAGUCCUACCAGACCCAGCCUUAUACAAGCACCCCUCAGAGAUCUCAGCAAAGUGCAGGUAGCCCACAGACAGGAGCCGGGUAUGGCCAGCCACAAAGUGCCAACCGCGCUACGCUAGCAUCCUACAGCAAUAUGUUCAACAACAAUGCUACUCCUGUUCAGCCUUCGACACAGGAUAGGCGGGACUCGUCCGGUAGUAGACCUGUGGCUCAAUCGCCGACUGCAACCACUGCUCGCCAACAAUGGACCCCACCUUCACAGGUCUUUCAUCAAACAUAUCGGGCACCCUCGCAAUUCCCUCCCACUACAUACCGCCCACAACUCACAUAUCAGACACCGCAAGAGUUCCAACAACAGAUUGGCAUGCAGGCUCGUCAGCCAAGUGUUGGCGACUCUUACGGAGGCUUAGGCCGUAUCUUGAGGGAUGUUGCAUCACAACCAACACUGCCUCCUAUGACCAACCCUUACAACAUGUCAACGACAACGGCUGGCGGCGCACCCAAUGGUUUCUCUAUCCCUCAAACAUAUCCAAGCCCAAAGGCACCCACGGCUAGCCCCUUGAGUGAUACACAGACACCUCGUGCACCCAGUCCUGGCAUGGGUUACCGUGGCCAAGCAACCGCGUGGGGAGGUCCACCGCAGCAUUUGUCCUCGCAUAACUCGAGCAACACUCUACCGUCACUGCAGUCCAUGACCCAAGGAGUACCAUUCGCCUCUACUGCAUCAAACCCACCGCCCACUCAACAGUAGUAUGGUUGAUGAGCGUGAAGGGCUCGUAAGGCAUUGGCAUGAUCAUGACGGAAAAGAACAGAUGAGACCAAGACAUGACAUUUAAUAUUUCUUUUCUCCUUUUCUGAGUAUAUGGGUAUCUAGAGAGCAUUCACUACGCGGGGCGUGUACAACAGGAACAAUUCUGAGCGUGGGGGCUCAUAGGUAUGAGGGAAUUUUACUCAUCAGGAAGAGAUGACUUUUCUUGGGCGGCGUUCUCUUUUUCUUCUUUCUCGUUCGUUUCAAGUCUGCCAGUUUUCGGCUGCUUCUUUAUCUGCUACUAUGCAGCUUCUUGAUGCUUAGUUGUAUCCUAGGAAUUUUAUUACUGCUUUUUCUUACAGGUCUUGACC